CCUCCGAACCGGCCCGAGCGCCGUCCUCCCGGCCCGAGCCGAGCGGUUCCGGGCGCUGCCGAGGCGGCCCGAGCGGUUCCGAGCAGGGCCGCACCGGGCCGCACCGGGCCCCGCGCCCGCCCCGCGCCGCUCUCGCCGCGCACAGCCAGUAAUUUUCCAAGCCCGGCCGGCGCUGCCCGGCUGAGCCCGCAGGAUCGGCGGGGCCAUGGGAGACAAAGGCACCCGGGUGUUUAAGAAAGCCAGUCCCAACGGGAAGCUCACUGUCUACCUGGGGAAGAGGGAUUUUGUGGAUCACAUCGACGUGGUGGACCCCGUGGAUGGAGUGGUGCUUGUGGAUCCUGAAUACCUGAAGGAGAGAAAAGUGUUCGUGACGCUGACCUGCGCGUUCCGCUAUGGCCGCGAGGACCUGGACGUGCUGGGGCUGACCUUCCGCAAGGACCUGUUCGUGGCCAACUCUCAGGCCUUCCCGCCGGUCCCCGAGGAGAAGAAGCCCCUGACGCGGCUGCAGGAGCGGCUCAUCAAGAAGCUGGGCGAGCAUGCCUACCCCUUCACCUUCGAGAUCCCCCCCAACCUGCCUUGCUCUGUCACGCUGCAGCCGGGCCCAGAGGACACGGGGAAGGCCUGUGGGGUGGACUAUGAGGUCAAAGCUUUCUGUGCUGAGAACCUGGAGGAGAAGAUCCACAAGAGGAACUCGGUGCGCCUGGUGAUUCGGAAGGUCCAGUAUGCGCCGGAGCGGCCUGGCCCCCAGCCCAUGGCAGAGACCACCCGGCAGUUCCUCAUGUCAGACAAACCGCUGCACCUCGAGGCCUCCCUGGACAAGGAGAUCUACUACCACGGAGAGCCCAUCAGCGUCAACGUCCACGUCACCAACAACACCAACAAGACCGUGAAGAAGAUCAAGAUCUCAGUGCGCCAGUAUGCAGACAUCUGCCUCUUCAACACCGCCCAGUACAAGUGCCCGGUGGCUGUGGAGGACGCUGAUGAUAUGGUGGCCCCGAGCUCGACCUUCUGCAAAGUCUACACCCUGACCCCCUUCCUUGCCAACAACCGGGAGAAGCGGGGGCUGGCACUGGAUGGGAAGCUCAAGCACGAGGACACCAACCUGGCCUCCAGCACGCUGUUAAGAGAUGGAGCCAACAAGGAGAUCCUGGGCAUCAUCGUUUCCUACAAGGUGAAGGUGAAGCUGGUGGUGUCACGAGGAGGCCUGCUGGGAGACCUCGCCUCCAGCGACGUGGCAGUGGAGCUGCCCUUCACGCUGAUGCAUCCCAAACCCAGGGAGGAGCCGGCACACCGGGACAUUCCAGAGAACGAAGCGCCCAUAGAUACAAAUCUGAUAGAGCUUGAUACAAAUGACGACGACAUUGUGUUUGAGGACUUCGCCCGCCAGCGACUUAAAGGCAUGAAGGAUGACAAGGAGGACGAGGAGGAGCGGACAAACUCCCCGCAGCUCAACGACAGCGGGAGCCUACGGAUCGCCCGAUGGCCACAGGACCUAUUACUGUCCAGCUGUGCCGUGUUGUCACUCUUCAUCCAGCUGCCAGAGCUGCUGUUUCCCGUGCAGGGCACAGCUGGGGGGUGCUGGAGGCAGGGGGGCUCGCUCUGACCCCAUCCCCGUCCAGCCCUCUGCUGCUUCCCAUCCCAGAGCCCUUUCCUAUGAGCUGCCUCUUUUAUGUGUUUUAUAUAAGCCCAGUCUCAACACCAGUUUGCUAUGGGGAGGGGGGUUGCAGCAGAACAGGGUGGGGUGUCUUUUUUGGGCAGCCUUCUCAUGGGAAAGGGCACUUGUGCACCUCGGUGUCCCCUCCUCUCACCCACGGCCAGUCCCCCCUGUCCGGCCCUGCUGCAUGUGAUCCCUCCCUGGGAUGCACGAGCCUGGCUUUGACUAUGGCCCCUGCCCCAGCUGCUCCAAACCAAGCGGGUGGGCAGCACCCCCUGCUCUUCCCCCCGAGCCCCUCAAAGCGGUCCAGCCCAGGGGUCCUCCCAGCUGCGUCCCUUUCCACAGCGGAGCUGCC